UGCACAGCGCGCGCGCCCGAGCAAUACGUACGCGCUCCCGUCCUCCGUCGUUGAGUUAACCCGGACGUGAAGCCGCUCCAUAGAAAAAUAUCCGAUACGGUAAAACAGCUUACCAUCAAACAAAAAGAUCUCUUUCUGAAUCAUUAAAAAAAAAUCAAAACUCAUAGACUCAGUCCUCAGAAUCUGUGGAGCUGUGAACUUCUGUUGGAGGGAGAGAAAGGCUGCCACAUGAUGCCACAUCUCUGCCUCAUCACCAGUAGACCUCGUACCAGCAUCCAAGAGGUGAAGGACUCAGACCGAGAGCACAAACAGACUCGUCUGCUAAGUUAAAACGCACCGCCACACACCCCUCUCUCAGAUUGUAAAACGAAUGAACUGGACGGCUCACUGAAAAACACCUCAAGGUUCUGCCUGUAUUCCUUUUAUGUUCUCUGGGUUACGCUGAACACAAGUGUUUGCCCGGAUCCUGGCGGCGGCUGUGAAAAACACAUGUGUGCAUGAGCAUUAUUUGCUUUUGAUUGAGAAAUCACGUGUGUGUGCUUUGUCGGGGACGUCCUGCGGUGGCUGGCGUAGUGACCCUCCCCAUACCCCACCCCCAACGCUCAAAACUGGCGAUGUCCAGGGUGCCGAGUCCUCCGCCUCCUGCAGAAAUGACCAGCGGCCCUGUGGCCGAAAGCUGGUGUUACACACAGAUCAAAGUGGUUAAGUUCUCCUAUAUGUGGACCAUCAACAACUUCAGCUUCUGCCGGGAGGAGAUGGGCGAGGUCAUCAAAAGCUCCACCUUCUCCUCAGGGGCCAAUGACAAGCUUAAAUGGUGUUUGCGAGUGAAUCCGAAAGGUCUGGAUGAAGAGAGUAAAGAUUAUCUGUCACUCUAUCUGCUCCUGGUCAGCUGUCCCAAGAGCGAGGUUCGGGCAAAGUUCAAGUUCUCCAUCCUUAAUGCCAAGGGCGAGGAAACCAAAGCUAUGGAGAGCCAGCGGGCGUAUCGCUUCGUACAAGGAAAAGACUGGGGGUUCAAGAAGUUCAUAAGGCGAGACUUCCUCCUCGAUGAGGCCAACGGCCUGCUGCCUGAUGACAAACUGACACUAUUCUGUGAGGUGAGUGUGGUGCAGGACUCGGUGAACAUCUCGGGUCAGAACACCAUGAACAUGGUGAAGGUUCCUGACUGCCGGCUGGCAGAUGAACUCGGAGGACUGUGGGAACAUUCCAGAUUCACGGACUGCUCGCUGUGUGUCGCCGGUCAGGAGUUUCAGGCACACAAAGCCAUACUGGCAGCACGCUCUCCAGUAUUCAGUGCUAUGUUUGAACACGAGAUGGAGGAGAGUAAAAAGAACCGAGUGGAGAUAAAUGACGUGGAGGCUGAGGUCUUUAAAGAGAUGAUGUUCUUCAUCUACACUGGCAAAGCACCCAACCUGGACAAGAUGGCUGAUGACCUGCUCGCUGCUGCUGACAAGUAUGCUCUGGAGCGGCUGAAGGUGAUGUGUGAAGAUGCGUUGUGCACCAGUCUGUCUGUGGAAAACGCAGCAGAGAUUCUGAUCUUGGCCGACCUGCACAGCGCUGACCAGCUGAAGACACAGGCUGUCGACUUCAUCAACUACCAUGCGUCUGAUGUGAUGGAGACCUCAGGGUGGAAGUCAAUGGUGGCGUCCCAUCCUCACCUGGUUGCAGAGGCGUAUCGUUCCCUGGCCUCUGCCCAGUGCCCUUUCCUGGGCCCUCCUCGCAAACGCCUCAAACAGUCUUAGUGCUGUCCCUUACCGUUACCUAAUCCGCACACCUACACACACUCACACAACUGCCUACAAAAGGGAGGGGAGGCGCUAUUUUAGAUUUACACCCCCCUCCCAAGCUCUGUCCCUUUAGAUGCCUAAACCAGCUCUUGACCUGCCCCUCCCUUCACGUUAUCCAGACAGACCCCUUUGCUGCCCUAACCGUCGGGUUUCUCAGUUUUGGGGAGAGUGGAGGCUGCCACAGGAUGAACCCUGCCCAAAAAACGUGGCCAAUCUCUGCACUAGUCCGGCCAUCUAUCCCAGCGUUUCUGUGAUUCUGUUGGACCAAGGACUCUUGAGCGUGAGUGGAUGGAUCGAGGUUGAGCUUUAGGUUGGGCAGUUAAACGUGAGAUGGAUUAAGACUGGACUUUUUACGUAACUCUUUCCACUGGCACUACUGUGUUCUCUCCUUCACUGUGUGAACCGGUUCUCCAUCUCCACUUCAUCCCUCCUGAUAGACCGAUAGACAUUCCCCUUUACAGUCAUGGAUGGAGGGAUUUUUCUCUGAAAAGGAAUAACUCCGUUAUUGUUGAACUCAUCAAUAGGUAGCAUGUGUCUUCGUAAUGACGACAUCAGCGUUCAGUAGAUUCCUGUGUGACUUCAUGAUUCCUGUGUGGCAACAAACAGCUUUUUCCAGAACUGUCCACUGUUUCUUGAGAAAUGUAAACAUAGAACUUGUCAUGAACUUUGACCUACGACCCACAAGCUAACCUGGCUACCAAAUGGAGUAGUAGUUCUGACAGUCUUGGUUUGGUCUCAUUUUACAGGGCGAAUAAAUUUACAAAUCCAAUGAGGAGUGUAAAAAUGGGGAAAUGCUUAUUGAAUUAUUUUAAUUCUAAUUGUUUUUUUCCUUGUGAUGUUCAUUUAGGAUUUUUCCUCCUUGUAGCACUUGUGUAUUUGAAUCCCGGCUUUCCGUAUGAAAAAAAAAAA